AUGAAUGUGAAUGGUAAUGAAAGAGAUGUAAAAAUCAGUAAAAAGCUAUCAUAUUUACUGCGACAUGGAGCUCUCAGAGAAGGUCUCAAUAUAGCAAAGGAUGGUUUUGUACUAGUCACUGAUAUUUUAUUAAAACUUGAUGGUAUUGGAUUACAAGAUAUCGAGAGAAUUGUUAAAAACGACGAUAAGCAGCGAUAUACGUUGAUUAAUGAUAAAGUUUGGAAAAUUAAAGCCAAUCAAGGACAUUCGAUCACUACCGUCGAUAAUUUGAGUUUAAAACCGAUUAAAAUAAACCCUGAUUUUGAUAUAAUACAUGGUACUUAUUAUAAAUAUUGGACGAACAUAAAAUAUCAAGGAUUAUCGCGUGUUAACAGAAACUAUAUUCAUUUUGCAAAAGGCUUAAAUUUUGUUUGUGGACUAAGACAAAGUGCUGAAGUAUUUAUUUAUAUUGAUUUUAAAAAAGCGACUGAUGAAGGAUUAGAGUUUUUCGAGUCAGAGAAUGGUGUGAUACUCUGCAGUGGCAAUCACAAGGGUAUUAUUCAACCGAAAUUCUUUUUGAAAGUCUUAGACAAAAAUCAAAAUCGUAUCUAUUAA